GGUCACAUCCCUAGAAACGGACAGCGUGAUGACUUAGUGGAAACUCCAUCUGUUCGUCGUCUCUGCUUGCUCUCUGGGAUGAACAGCGGGGAUACAGACAACUGUACUGUAUAAUCUGUCUCGAUGUCAAAACUUGUCUUCUAAACUAACAGCUGAACACAGACAAGGUCAUCAAAAAACUUAAGUAAAAUACAGCCUGAAAGGGCCAAGUUCAAUGGGAUAGAUCACUAAGACUCCAAGUAACUUCCCCUGUAUUUGAUUCUUCCAUAGAGCGCCAGCCUUCCCUGCCCUGCUGUCACUCCCCUUUCCUAUUUUGAUUCUAGUCAUCAACAUAGAUGGAAAAGAUUAAUCCACAAACAUUAACUGUUUUGUGCCAGGCAUGCCUGUGAUGUGGCUAUUUUUAACAACAGCUUGUUUGAUACGUGGAACUUUAAGCGCUGGUGGAUUCUUUGAAAAUACAGUGAAUCCCGAAGUGUGGAUGAAUGCUAGUGAAAUAAUCACGUACAAUGGCUACCCAAGUGAAGAGUAUGAUGUCACCACUGCAGACGGGUACAUUCUUGCCAUCAACAGGAUCCCCCAUGGGAGAGGACAGACUGGGCACGCAGGUCCCCGGCCAGUUGUUUAUAUGCAGCAUGCCUUGUUUGCAGACAAUGCCUACUGGCUCGAGAAUUUCCCCAAUGGAAGCCUCGGGUUCCUUCUAGCAGAUGCAGGUUAUGAUGUGUGGAUGGGAAACAGUCGGGGGAACACUUGGUCAAGAAGACACAAAACUCUCUCAGUAAAUGAAGAGAAAUUCUGGGCCUUUAGCUUUGAUGAAAUGGCCAAAUAUGACCUCCCAGGGAUAAUAGACUUCAUUGUGAAUAAAACAGGUCAGGAGAAGUUGUACUUCAUUGGACAUUCACUGGGCACUACAAUAGGGUUUAUAGCCUUUUCCACCAUGCCUGAACUGGCACAGAGAAUCAAAAUGAAUUUUGCCUUGGGCCCUGUGAUCUCAUUCAAAUAUCCCACAAGCAUCUUUACCAGUUUUUUUCUACUUCCAAGAUCCAUGAUCAAGCUUAUGUUUGGUACCAAAGGUUUCUUUUUAGAAGAUAAGAAUGCAAAGAUGUCUUAUGUCACAGUCUGCAACAAAAAGCUGCUCCGACCAAUGUGUAGUGAAUUUAUGUCCUUGUGGGCUGGAUUCAACAAAAAAAAUAUGAAUAUGAGUCGACUGGAUGUGUACAUGUCCCAUGCUCCCACUGGAUCAUCAAUCCAGAACAUUCUGCAUAUAAAACAGCUUUACCAAUCUGAUGAAUUCAGGGCUUACGACUGGGGAAGUGAGGCUGAAAAUAUGAAUCACUACAACCAGAGUCGCCCUCCCUUGUAUGACCUGACUGCCAUGAAGGUGCCCACUGCCAUCUGGGCUGGUGGACAUGAUGUGCUUGUCACUCCUCAAGAUGUAGCCAGGAUACUUCCCCAAAUUACAAAUCUACGCUACUUCAAGCAAUUUCCAGAAUGGAACCAUUUUGAUUUUGUCUGGGGCCUGGAUGCCCCUCAAAGACUAUACAGUAAAAUCAUAGGUUUGAUGAAAGAGUAUCGCUAAAUACAAUCUAUCUAUUUUUCAGUCAAAAUUUGCUUCCAGGCCCAUGAGAGGCUUUAGGAAAACCUGUGGAGAAUGCAGAGCUUUCUUCCAGCAUUCACUUACUAUUGCUAAAGUGGUGCUGGGACUCAGUGCUCCACCCAGGAGAGAGUUGACUUGUCCUGCUCUUGUCUCAAAGGGAAGUCUAAAUCUGAAGGGUCAGGGUGUUACCCUCCUGAUGAGAAUCAGGAGCAGGCCUUCUUUUCAACCCAAGAUGAUCUAGUGAACACUUCUCUACUACCUGCACAAUUGAGAGAAUUCUUAGGAGAGGAUUUUCACGAAGGCGGAGGAUGGCGCUCUGGUAGGUAGGAUGCACAAAAUCAUGGAUUUGAACUUCAUAUAUACACUCUCUUGGGUUUUUUUCUUUUUCAAAGAAUUGACCCUAAGCAUGGGAAUGUGGCCUACAGAGAAAGGCUCUGUCAAGGUAAUCAUUUGGAUACACAUGUGUGGCUCUGACUACCUGCAUUCACAAUUUGGCCAGAAGGCAUUAUAAAUAAGAGACAAAAGAAAUCUUAGCUCCCAUCAACAAGCAUAAAAGAAAAUAGUAGUGUGGAAUACAACUGAAAAUUGUCUUCCAGAAGCUUAUUGUAUUACUACAAACCGGCAAGGGGACAGAGACACAACAUUUGGAAAAAUGAACUAGAGAUAAAUUGUCUGUUACUAAAAUUGUCUACUCUAGGACAAGGACUAAACGAAUGAUAAGUUAAAAAGACUAACUAUAGCAGUGUAUUAGAGCCAGCUACGAAAAAGCAAGAGUCUUGGGUUAUAAUAGUUGUAUUCAUGUGACAUUUAAAGCUGCUUCUGGAAAGCCUAAUUUAGAACUAGGAAAUGAAAUGCAAAGAAAAAGGAAGAGAGGAAGGAAGGAAGGAAGGAAGGAAGGAAGGAAGGAAGGAAGGAAAGAAGGAAGGAAGGAAGGAAAGAGAAAAGAAGGAAGGAAGCUAGCUAGCUAGCUAGCAAGCUGUGUUUGGGCUAAGACAGCUCCAUGGGUAAGAACACUUGCUGUGUAAGCAUGUCGACUUGAAUUCAAAUAAAAGUCUGAGUGU